GUUCAUUGUUCCAACAGUCGAUCCAUGAAACUGCUAGAAUUAUAGACAAAAAUAUCACACCUUGAAUAGUAAGAAACAAAAGCUCGACAUCGUGAUCGUUAUCACUUUUCGCUGCGACCCGGGUGCAGUCCCCGUUCAUUUCACCCAGUCCCUUGGACGUUUUAUUACUCCCCCCAGAUAUUAGCACCACCACCACCACCACCCUAUUUUUUUUGUAUGUGCCGCAGCCCCGCUAGGCAUCCCUGAUUUAUCCUAGGAUCCAGUCUUUUUGCCCCUUUUGCCUAGCGUAAGGGAGCCUUUGCCAAAACAACUUCUGUAUGACAAACAAACCUCGAACAAAACCUUCAGUACACAAAAUGAUGCGCGCCCCGCUGAGACAAGGAACGGGAAGACCCUCGCUGAGCAGAUGAUACUACGAAAAGCACGGCACCGGUGGCGCGCCAGUUUUCUGUCUUGUCGGCUGAAAGAAAUGCCUUCGUUGGGAAUUGCGCCAAUUCCUCGCUAAACAUGCGGAGCCCGCCGAUACAGCGACUAAGCCUCCUGGUCGAUAGCUGCACUAGCUCCGCCCGACCCCGCAACAGAAACUCCUCCUUCUCCAGAAGAAUACAACUCCUGCGCCUGCCCAGAAGGUCCUCCUGCACUGCUGCUCCUGCGCCACGAGGAGUUGCUCCCUGACAAGAGUUUGGUUCUCCGGCGAAGACCACCCGUGCCGGGAAAAUAAGAAUUUCUUCGCUCGCUCCCUAGUCUUACUUUCAGGCUGUCAGAUACGCGUUGCCAGAAACGAUGGGGGGCUUCAACGACAAGGGCGGCGGGUCUUCCAUUUACCCCUCCUACGGCAAAGGCGGUGGAGGCGGCGGCAAGGGCGGUGGGUUCGGGUAUGGUGGAGGGAAAGGCAAGCAGCACGGGGGAUCCUUCGGGGGCUUUCGGAGCAGCAACAAAAACAAAAACCCGUUCGGCGGGGGGAAGUACGGAGGCGGUAAGUACAACGACAAUUAUGGGAAGGACGGAGGUGGCGGCAAGUACAAUGACAAUUUCGGCGGGAAAAAGGGCGGCAAAGACGGCGGAAAAAGCUCAAACCCCCUCGUGAGCAACCGGGAAAUGUACUCUAUCAUUUUAAAGAUUUUUGAUAAAUAUCGAUCUGACUAGUGACAAAGAAUGAAGAAGCUCACACAACGUAAGUAUCCGUAACGAAGCACGAUGACACAGAACAAGUAAAGUAUAACCGUUCCGGUUGUUCUUGUACAACUGAGUAAAUAUUUGAGAAGAAAUGUUAGUUACCCCAUCGUCUCAACAGAAAAACGCUUGGCCACCAGAAUUGCAACGUGCUGCAGCGAGUGAGCGCGCCGUUGCCGCGCAAUAUACGGCACUGGGACAGUGUGGACUGUCUUGCAAUGCUGGACGGAAGAAUAGUAGCGGGAAGCCGGGACAAGUCGAUGUCGAUAUGGAGUGGCGAAACCGGGGCCGGCAAAAAUCCGGGGGAGGAGCGCCUGUUCCUGAAACAGUUCAGCAGCGCCAUGAUGCAUACCGGCGUCCAGUCGCUCUGCGUGGAGCCAGCGACCGGGUGGCUUUUUGUCGGGCUGUUCUCCGGACAAAUAAAGGCCUUUCAGCAGAAACCCGAGAUGGAACUCGUGCUCAAAGGUCACGAGAAAGCCGUGUCGCAGCUCUGUACUGAUGUUUCUUCUUUUUUUUUUGCCAACCUACUUACUUCUCCGUACUAUGAAAAGAAAGACUUCUUCAACAUAUCUUGUACACCGCAAGAAGUGAUUUCGAUUUUCAAACCACUUCUACUAACAGACGUUUACGACAAAUUUCUGCUUUCCGUUUCCCACGACGAAACUUUCAAAGUGUGGGAGUUCAGUGACCAGAGCCGAACAUUCGUCAACAACUUUUCCGCGCGGUCGCCAGUCGGGCCGCUGCACUGCCUGAGAACAAUCGGCGCAGAUCCCAGCAACACCAGAAUAUGGCUCGGGGGCGAACGAGGUAUUUUUAACAAUGUGACCUUCAUCUACAGGGAGAAGGAUUUUUCCGAUUCGUUUGCUUUCCCCAAUUGGGUAAACUUCCUGUGCUCGUAACCUUUCAACGGCCCGGUUGUCAUUUCCUUCUGCCACGCUUGCCAUAUAGUUUGAGUUUUGGCUUGUUUGUAGUUAUGUUUAAUACAACCGCGCAUCAACAGUAGGAAGAGAAAAAGGUAUAAAACUUGACCACGGGAAUGAUUCGCAUCUUGCCUUGACGGGUGCAACUUGUCGUGGAUGCUGAAGGAAAAAAUUAUAUGCAGGCAUCGCGUGCAUCAACAUGCAGCAACUCGUGUGCGAAGGCAAUCUGGACACCGGCGGAGCGGUGGUGGGGCCUUUUUUCGUCUAUCGCGAAGACCACGUUGUUGUCGCCCUGCGCACCGGGGUCAUAAAAUGCUACAGCACCCAGGGCCAGCCCGUGUUCGAAGCCGGGCCGAGCAGAAGCACAAAGCACGUCUACUGCAGCGAAAUGAUGAACGGCCCCAAUGACACCAUUGUCUUCCUACUCGGCGGAGAGUAUUAUACUCACUUUUUCAUCAUGUUCAUGUUGAUUGUUUUCUACUCACGAGGACUCGCAGCAUGAUGGUUUCUUCGAAUCUUCGCGUUUGGCUUUGAUGUCGUACUUGCAUCAUCUUCACCUCGCUGCAAAGGUAGAAAUUCAUACGCUCCCACGACAAAUGCCUAAUGUCUUUAUCAAUCAAGCGAAAGCGCACGACGCAAUUAUUUCGUCUGGUCUCGCAUUACAGCCACGGCAUGAUCACCGCCUACACGGUCCCGGAGCUGGAGGUUAUCGGCGACUUUUGCGUAAACAAGCAGGAGCCCUGCCGCGUAAAGUCCAUCGCCGACUGCGGAAACAGCGAGAUGUUCGCGGUGGGCCUCGAAAAUGGCGAAGUCUACGUCUACAAGUGGGGUCCGGGGCUCGGACAGGCCGACACCGGCCCCGGUGGCCCGGACAACAUGAUAAGCGCGAACCUCUUCGGGGGCGGGGCGGGACCCACUAACGCUGCAGGAGAUCCGAUGUUGAACAAUACCAUGAUCAUGGGUGGCCAGCAGCCACAGCAGCCGCAAAUUAACCCGUUCACCGGACAAGCGAUAGGAGGGCAGCAGAUGCAGCAACCGCAACAGCCCAUGAUGGGCGGCGGCGGCGGGCUGUUUGGCCAGCAACCGCAGGGGUUCGGCGUCGGCGGCGAUAUUAUGAUGGGAUAACGAGUCAACCGUGGAACAACGGUGUUGAUUUCGAUACGCGCUGCUGCCCCGACAUGCACAUGGUCAUAAAGAAGCGACGGUAUCGUGCUGCCCCUCUAGUUCAUCCUGGUGGUUCUACGACGAGAUGAUAGAAGGAGUACAAAGAAAUACAGUCUGAAAGCGCGCAGGAGGAAGAGCGACAUGAUCAAGAUAUGAUCUCCCUCUCCUACCCGCGGCGACACCCCACUCGAUCUGAUUUUUCCAUUGAUUUACAAGCAGCGACACAGCGAUUCGCAUGACGAGAGCCGGGAUAGUAGUAGCGCCUCCAAUUCGGUAGUGUGCAUCGCUCUUGAAAGAGCGGCCCCUCUCAACUUUUCAACGGUUUACUAUAGUUACUACAGUACUGACUCGCGCAAGGACGUCUGCAUAGGGACCGCGUACAGCGCGGAUUGAGUCGAUGUUUGUCCUUCGGGGCGACUUUCAAAUAAAAGAAAGAAAGCAAAAAGUGAAACGACAAAAGAAUAGAGUCGAUGCUGUGUGAGCAAGAAUGAUCUUGGCGUGCGCGGCCCUGAUCGUGAUGGUGUGCUG